AUGUCGGCCUCCGCCUGCGAGCCGAUCUUCACAAAGCGGGAGAGCGUGGGCCGGAGGAGGAGGGCGGGGACGGCCGAAGGGGCCGGGCGUCCGGCGGAGAUGGCUGUGUCCGAGCCGGGGGGCAGCGCGGCGGGAUCAGUAACAUUCAAAGAUGUGACUAUGGCCUUUACCCAGAAGGAAUGGGAGCAGCUAGAUCCUGCUCAGAGGAACCUGUAUAAGGAUGUGAUGCUGGAGAACUACAGCAACCUUGCCUCAAUGGGGUAUCAAGCUCCCAAACCAGACAUGAUCUCCAAGUUGGAAAAAGGAGAAGAGCCAUGGUUGGGGAAGGGCAAAAGACCCAGACGAUGUGGUCCCAGUGAAAUAGCAAGACCCAAGCAAAUAGGAACGAAUGGAAACGAGGUCCAGCAAGGUAAUGACCAGCUAGCAAACCACCAGGAAUCUCAAAACAAACUCCUUAAGGAAGUUGCAUUCAAGAAAAGAAGUCUGACUAAGAAGAAAGGCCACGAAUGUAGUUCACUGGGGGAAAAAAGUGUGAGUACAAAACAUGUUCCUUCAAAAAAAAAGCUUAAAUUCGAUUCACAUGGAAAGAGUUUGAAACAGAAUUCAGACUUACCUGGUCGUAUAAGAAACUAUGCAAAAAAGAAACCUAGCAUAGCUAAAGAGCACAAGAAAUCAUUCAGCCAUAGCUUACCUGAUACAAAGAAAGACAAAAAUCAAACUGGAAAGAAACAAAAAUUAUCCAACCAUAGCUUAUCUAAUAAGCAUGACAAAACUCAAGCUGGCAAGAAACAUGAGAAAUUAGCUCAUCAUAGCUCAUCCGAUACUAAACGGGACAAAAUUCAAACUGGAGAGAAACAUGAGAAAUCAUCCAGCCAUAGCCUGUCUCCUACUAAGUGUGACAAAACUCAAACUAAAGCUAAACCCUAUGAAUGUAAUCAAUGUGGGAAGGUUCUCAGCCAUAAACAAGGACUCGUUGACCAUCAGAGAAUUCAUACUGGAGAGAAACCAUAUGAAUGUAAUGAAUGUGGGAUAGCCUUUAGCCAAAAGUCACACCUCGUUGUACAUCAAAGAACUCACACUGGAGAAAAACCAUAUGAAUGUAUGCAGUGUGGCAAAGCCCACAGUCAUAAACAUGCCCUUACCGACCAUCUGAGAGUUCAUACUGGGGAAAAGCCCUAUAAAUGUACUGAAUGUGGGAAAACCUUUAGACACAGCUCAAAUCUUGUUCAACAUGUGAGAUCUCAUACAGGUGAGAAGCCCUAUGAAUGUAAGGAAUGUGGAAAAUCCUUUAGGUAUAACUCAUCUCUUACUGAACAUGUGAGAACUCAUACAGGUGAAAUACCAUAUGAAUGUAAUGAAUGUGGAAAGGCCUUUAAGUAUAGCUCAUCCCUUACUAAACAUAUGAGAGUUCAUACAGGUGAGAAACCCUUUGAAUGUAAUGAAUGUGGGAAAGCUUUCAGCAAGAAGUCACACCUCAUUAUACAUCAAAGAACUCAUACUAAGGAGAAGCCCUAUAAAUGUAAUGAAUGUGGAAAAGCAUUUGGACAUAGCUCUUCUCUUACUUACCACAUGAGAACUCAUACAGGUGAAAGUCCUUUUGAAUGUAAUCAGUGUGGGAAGGCCUUCAAACAAAUUGAGGGCCUUACUCAACAUCGGAGAGUUCAUACUGGGGAGAAACCCUAUGAAUGUCAUGAAUGUGGGAAAGCUUUUAGCCAAAAGUCACACCUCAUUGUACAUCAGAGAACUCAUACUGGGGAGAAGCCUUUUGAAUGUAAUGAAUGUGGAAAGGCUUUCAAUGUGAAGUCACAACUUGUUAUACAUCAGAGAUCCCACACUGGAGAGAAACCCUAUGAAUGUAAUGAAUGUGGAAAAGCUUUCAAACAAAAUGCAUCCCUUACCAAACAUGUGAAAACUCAUUCAGAAGAAAAAUCUCAUGAGUGAAAUUAAUGUGGGAAGUCUUUUAAUUCAACUAAAGGUUUUAUUUAACCUUAGUAGGAUUCUGAAUUUUAAGGAUGUUAGAAGGCUUUUAAUAAGAAGUCAUACCUAAUUACACAUGAGAGAGUUUGAAAGUGAAUCUUACAUAGAAGCAAUGGAUGAUACCAACCUUUUAUAGAAAAUAUUGUUUUAAAAAUAAUUAUUAAUUAUUUAUAUAUUCAGACCAAAAUAUAAAGGUUUAAAAAUCGUUAAUGAGUUGAAUAAUCAGAGCAAAAGAGAAACAAAUUAUAUAUGCUGACAAUUCCUGAGUUGCUUGAGUAUGUGCACUUAAGCUCCACAUCUGAGAAUUGGAUUUGCAUACCUGUUAAUUUCCAUAUAUAAGUGUGUCUGGCCACUGGUAUGAGGCUCAUCUUUGAUGUUAUCACCUAGCUCUUCCUUAAUGUCUUUGUUAGCUUCUACAUCAGCUGCAUACUUUCUAAAAGUUAUUUAUGUAAAAAAUAUUAACACAAAAUUAAGAAAAAAAUAAAAGAAAGCAGCCAAGGAUAGGGACAUCAUUCCCUACCAGCACCUGUGUAUUGUUAAGUGAAUAAAAUUGUUAAGUGAAAAAAGCAGGUUGCUGAACUGUGUGUGUAGUAUGUUCCCACUUAUGUACAAAAGGGUGUGUUUGCGUGUGUGUGUGUGUGUGUGUGUGUGUGUGUAAGUAUAUAUACAUAUAUUUGUAUGUGAAUAGACUUGGUUUGAAAAAAUACAGAAGAAACUUUAUGGUGGUUGUCAUGAGCAGAGGAGUACAGGAAUGGGGGCUAGGAUGGGAAGGAGACCUCCUUUUUAUU